CAACAAGGUAUUUAGUCGACAACUGGAACUAUAUUAAUAUAUUUAAGUAGUGCAUAACAGAUAACCUCUGUAGAGAGCCAUCCAGGUCUCUCCGCAAGUACAUACUUCCAAGUGUGAUACAUUCAAACACACGGUUACUUAACGUACAUAUUCGAUUAAGGAAAAGAAAGAAAGAAACAACUGAGCACAACAUUCAUACGAUGGGUAGUACAACGAACAUGUCUCCUCAACUAUUUGUUGACGCUUUGCAAUACUACGCUUACUCAGGCGACGUAGUAUGUUUGCUAGCGCCGCAAAGCAGUUUGUUAAGCGCACCUAACAAAGAUGGCGAUACGCCUCUGCACACAGCGGUUUCCAAUUACAACACACAAGCCGUGUCUGCGUUCGCACGGCUCAUGAACGUCAGUGGAUUGGAUACACCCAAUAGUGACAUGGACACAGCAUUGCAUCUAGCUGUACGCACGAAUCAGAUAGGUGUAGUGGAUCUCCUUACUGGUUUUGGUGCCGACAUAAGCACACAGAAUAAUAUGGGCAACACGCCUCUGCAUCUUGCCAACUCGGAUUUGAUGGUGCACGCGCUCCUGUCCAGAAGCAACCCGGAGCUUGUAAACAAAGCUUUGGACACACCAGACUACAACGGAAAUACACCACUUCUGAAAAUGAUCAACAGUGGAAACCUGCGAACCAUUGAAUCUCUUGUGAUAGACUUUGGCGCCAACGUAAACACAUCCAAUACCGACAGCGGUCGCUCAGCUCUGCACAUCUGUGCGAGAUUCGAUUCAUUCCGAGUUGCCAAUCUCUUGCUUGAAUUCGGUGCACAAACGGAUGCCGUGGAUACACACGGAGCUACGCCUUUAAUCAGUGCUAUGCAGUAUGAUGCAGUGAAAGUCGCACGUAUUUUAAUAGACUAUGGGGCCGAUGUGACAGCUGCUAAUAGCUAUGAGGUCACUGUACUAGAAACUGCACAUAACUACCAAUCAAGUCGAGCACUUUCCGAGCUGUUUGCGGUACCGAGUAUUACUGUGCCACAAUGUAAGUACCUUCGCACGGGAGAAGUUAUGCUGGCUCUAAAGUCCAUGUCAAUCAGCAAUCCGGAUAUAAACCUUAGAGACGCGCAUCAAUCAACACAAGCAACGGCUGAAUGCUCGACGCAACUCCAAACUACACGUCGUCCGUUGAUUCCUGUGAAUGCACCGACUGAGAAGAUGGUGCUAUUGAGCAAGAAAAAUUCGUCACAGGCCGCCAAAGAACGAUCUGUACCCCCUGCAUAUACGCCAGUAAAGCUCACAAAGGCACCCCAACCCACCGCUGGCGCUGUGGAUUUUGAAGAUGCGGAUCCUGAAUGGCAAGUACUGGACAGGGAUGAACUCAAAUCAGAGAAUCAAGAAGCUUGGCAACUGGGACAGACUCGCAGCAAGCGGUUGGCACCUGGGAAUAUAUUGCGCAAUCUCAGGGAAAAAAAGGACAAGCAAAAGAAGAAGUCAACUUCAUCUGGAGAGUCUAACUCGUCUGCGACAGAAGAAAAGCGACGCUUGGCGGAAAAGUACGGUUCAGGCGAGACCGCCACUUUGCACGUAAGUGCUUCAAAUCCACACGACGAGAAGAGGAAAAUGCAACAAAAAUAUGAUCUUGUGGUGGAGGGUAAGGAAGGGAGUAAUGCCAAGGGCUCUACAGCGGCAGCCAACAAGGCUGCUGAGGCUCGAUUAGAGGCGCAGAAGAUGAAGGUCGUAACAAGUCUGGACUAAGAAGCGGAUUUGGCAGGAGCAUUGCACACGUACAUAUUCACUGAAAUUACUAUAAGAAAUCCAUAAUCAUUAGAAGCUGAACUGCUGAAGUCACAGCAAUAGCAGCAUAUCAUUUAUAUUUAGAAACUUUAUUUGUUUUUAAAAAGCUUUAAAAAAAACAAACUAAGUACCAAGUCCAACAACAGAUAAAGAAAGUAAAAAAUAAAUAGAAAAAGGCUCCGAAAAUACGUACAAUCCGUGUUUACAUACAUAAUUUAAAAAACAAAACAAGAAAAGUAAAAAAAAGAAAAAGAAUAUAUUCAAAUACAAGCACGCCAUCCAAAGAACCAUAGGCAAUUAGGCAUCCAAAGAACCAUAGGCAAUUA